AUGUUUCACUCGACUGUGCCUUGGAACCGGCAAUAUGCCAAUAUCAAUAAUAAAUGUAUAUUGUUCCUUUGGCAGCUUGGAAAGAGCAGCUCUGACGACCCAGGUAGUGCAUUGUUGGAGCUUCUGGAUCCAGAGCAGAAUGCGGAUUUUAGAGACCUGUAUCUAGAUGUUACUAUCGACUUAUCCAAGGUCUUAUUUGUAUGCACAGCAAAUGUGUUAGAUAAGAUUCCAACACCUCUGCUAGACAGAAUGGAGGUGAUUAAUAUCUCAGGGUAUAUCACUGAUGAUAAGAUGCAUAUUGCUAGAGACCAUUUGCUGAAAACCACAUGCAUGGAAUGUGGCAUCAAGCCUGAACAGGUUGUUGUUAGGGAUGCAGCUCUUCGUUCGUUGAUUGAAAAUUACUGCAGAGAACCAGGAGUUAGAAAUCUCCAGAAGCAUAUUGAGAAGAUUUACCGUAAGAUUGCUCUGAAGCUAGUACGAGAAGGGGCAUCCGCGGAAACUCCUGAGGUUUCGGUUAAAAAUUUUAUAAUUGAUGAAUCAAACCUUGCAGAUUAUGUAGGCAAGCCAGUUUUAUAUGCAGACAAGAUCUAUGAACAGACACCAGUGGGGGUUGUAAUGGGUCUUUCUACGAAAUCCACGGGUGGCUCAACACUGUACAUAGAGACAACCUCUGUAGAAGAAGGAGAAGGCAAAGGCGGUCUUCAUAUAACGGGUCAGCUUGGGGAUGUGAUGAAAGAAAGCGCAGAGAUAGCUCACACAGUUGCUAGAAGAAUCAUGCUCGAGAAAGAACCCAAGAACCUCUUCUUUGCGAACUCCAAGCUUCAUUUACAUAUUCCUGAAGGAGCCACACCAAAAGACGGUCCAAGCGCAGGCUGCACAAUGAUCACUUCCUUUCUAUCACUUGCCAUGAAGAAGCCUGUGAGGAAGGAUCUUGCAAUGACCGGAGAAGUCACUCUGACUGGUAGAAUACUUCCAAUAGGUGGAGUUAAGGAGAAGACUAUAGCUGCAAGACGGAGUCAAGUGAAGAUGAUGAUCUUUCCUGAGGGUAACCGUAGAGAUUUUGAUGAGCUCGCGUGCAACUUGAAAGAAGGGCUUGAUGUUCAUUUUGUCGAUGAGUAUGAGCAGAUUUUUGAGCUAGCCUUUGGGUAUAAUAUGGGGUCUCCUCCGUUGAAUUUUAGAAGAAGUCUGACAAGCUUCAUGUGGGAUUUACUUAGUGGUUGUUUUCAGUAGUAAUAUAUCAUUGAUACUUAAAUUCUUUAGGCUGAUCUUCCUUUAACUCUUACUUGCCACAAGAUUAAAUGUAAUAUGAGCCAGGGAUUCUUUAGUAUACUAUUACUACUAAUCAGGAGAAUUUAUUUUGGAGUAUAUAAAAAUGGUUUACAAACGCCAAACAUGUCUUUUGUAGUCCAUCAUCAUCAUGGCUUACAUAAAGUUCUACUAUUUAUAGUUGUAUACACACAUACACCUCUUACUACAGAGAUUACAUCGAUUAAGGAAUCACAAAGUAGGAUAUUUAACGAUUAAUAUCAAGAAUUAAUGCUUGCUUUUGUUAGUUCGCUUCCAAUAAAAAGCAGUAUCUGAUUAGCUAUUAUUAUUUAUAUACUUUAUACCACUUCAGUUUAACUUGGCAGUAAAAAGAAAAACAUGAACCUGCUUUGAUAAAAUAGUAUUUGAUUAAUCAUGUUUUUUAAAAAAAAAUUGAUUAAUCUUGUUUAUGACAUGUGCUUUCUAUAUAUCCUUUUAGAAAUUUCUCGAAUCUAUAACCCUUGUCAUGUUUGUCUUUGUUUUUUCUUUGAAUGAUAGAUUCUUUGUUUCUACUAUAUAUAUUGUUCAGUGAGAUUAU